GUGGGAUUUCCACUGUUAUCGGGGCAGUACUAAUUCUAGGUAGAAAAGGAUUUGGUCCCCCAAGUGAAUUUGCCAUAGCAAGAAUUACAGAAACUUUCAUUGGAUUAUCAUGUUCAAUAAUGGUGGAAAUUUUGUUACAACCAACAAGAGCUUCUACAUUAGCUAAAAUCCAACUUUCCAAGAGUUUUGGAAUUUUGCAUGAUUGCAUUGACAACAUAAGUUUCGGUUCAUAUAGCAAAAAUAGCUUAGAAGAAAGCCAAAGGAAACUAAAAUUCCACGUAAAUGAAUUGGGAAAAUUCAUUGCGGAAGCUGAGGCAGAGCCCAAUUUCUGGUUUUUCCCUUUUAGUAGUGCUUGCUAUGGUAAGCUUAUGGGGUCAUUGUCAAAAAUGGUGGAAUAUUUACUUUUUGGGUCACAAGCACUGAGAUUCCUAGAACAAGAAUCUGAAAAAAUCGACAGUAAUGUGUGGAAAACAAUUGUGAAAAAACUAGAUGCUGACAUCAUGCUUUUUAAGGAUUUAAUUGGCUCUUAUACAAAAUGUUUUGAGGAGGUUAGUUUGGUAAAAUCACUUGUUGUACUUGACAAGGAAUUUGAGAAGAAGAAAGUUGCAGUUGAUCUUGAGCUGGGCAAAUUACCAACCCCUUAUACCAUAAGGUCUUCAAGUGAAGAGGAAAUUGAGAAAAACUUAGUUUCUUUUCUUCAACAUUCAAAUGAAGUUGUUGAACUUAUUGUGAAAGGUGGUAAAAGUGAUGAGAAGCUCAAGGGACAAUUGGUUUUAAGUUUGAGUGCAUUUGGUUUUUGUAUGGAUAAUCUUGUGAAGGAGACUAAAGAGAUUGAGAAUGGAAUUAAAGAACUUGUACAGUGGGAAAACCCCUCUUGCCAUGUAAAGUUGUAUGAUAUUUCUUGUAAAGUACGGGCUUUAGCCAAUACUGAAAAAAAUUGA